CAGGGGCGGACUGACCAUUUGGAAACUUGGGCACUGCCCGAGGGCCCGGGGUCAGUAGGGGGCACCAUGAGAUGCCCCUGGUACCUUUUUCAUAGGCUUUUUUGAGUUUGGGUAAGGACACAGGGGCCCCAUGAUCCCUUAUUGCCCGGGGGGCCCCAUGAGUUGUCAGUCCGCCCCUGGUUACUUUGCACAAUCAAACUCCUUUUCUCAUCCACAAAUAUGUUUAUUGAAUGUAGCAGGUUACAGCAGAAAAUAGGAAGUGGCAAAUGAUUGAAAAGACCAU